AUGUCUAAAUUGCUGACUCCUUAUCGCCAGCUCGCUCCGGCUGCUGCCGUCAGGGUUUCUCCCGUGUGCUUGGGAUCUAUGACAUUUGGUAAUCAGCAUCUCGAAACUUAUGGUGAGUGCUCUGAUGAUACUGCCUAUAAGAUUCUCGAUUACUUCUAUGAAAAUGGUGGAAAUUUUAUUGAUACUUCUAACACCUAUCAAGACGGUGAAUCAGAAGUCCUAUUAGGUAAAUGGAUGGCUUCCAGAAAAAAUAAAGACGAGAUUGUCCUAGCUACAAAGUAUUCAAGUCCGUACGAUUUUGAUUGUAAUAUCAAGGUUAACGUUGUAGGCAACAAUGCAAAAUCUAUGAAGUUAUCUCUUAUGAGAAGUCUUAAUAGACUUCAGACUUCAUACAUUGACUUGUUCUACGUUCACUGGUGGGACUAUACUACCUCGAUUCCCGAAUUGAUGCUUGCCUUGAACGACUUAGUCGUUUCCGGUAAGGUGAUCUACCUCGGUAUCUCAGAUGCACCAGCAUGGAUUGUUACAAAGGCAAACGAGUAUGCUCGCGCUCACGGUCUUCGUCAAUUCUCGGUCUACCAGGGAUACUGGAAUGCAGCUUUUCGUGAUUUUGAGAGAGACAUUAUUCCAAUGUGCGCUGCAGAAGGCAUGGCUAUGUGCCCAUAUGGAACUUUGAAUCAGGGCAGAUUUCAGACCGAAGAGGUAUUCAAAGAACGUGAAAAAAACAAUCCAGGCCGUAAGUUCGCUGCGCUCUCUCAGCGUGACAAAGAUGUGUCGAAGUGCUUGGAAAAGGUAGCAAAGUCGAAGGGAGUCACUCUUUUCACUGUUGCUUUGUCAUAUAUCCUUCACAGGGCUCCGUACGUGUUUCCUAUUAUUGGGGCUCGUAAGGUUGAACAUGUUAAGGGUAAUCUUCCCGCUUUAAAGUUAGCGCUAACUCCAGAAGAAAUCGAGGAGAUCGAUUCCGCUUACUUAUUUGAUCAUGGAUUUCCCCACACAUUUUUGAGCGGCACCCUAUUCAAUGGUGAAAAAUCAAGAGGAGCCUCUGGCCCUGGUGACGUGUGCUUAACUAAAGUGUUUGCGGAGAAGCUGGCUUGGGUUGAAAAGCAAAAGCCUAUCCCUCCUGAAGAUGAAUGA